AAGAGCGAGUAAUAUAUAGCUAGAGAGCCUAGCUUAGAGUAUCUAUCAUUUCAGACUCUAAAUAACCCUCUAAGUCAGCUAAUAGAUAGCUUGGAGCUGAACGCCGCCGGUCAUUAUCUACCACCAUCGAUCGGUCAUUCUUUUAUGGCAGUUUCGCCACCAAAUAUGAGUCAACAAGACGAGAACUACCGCAACAACUACAUCGGAGGCGCUCAUCAUCACCGGCGUGAUGAGGAGGAGGAGGAGGCGGGCGUGGUGGACGACCACGAAAACGACAUGGUCAUGCCCGGCUUCCGCUUCCACCCCACGGAGGAAGAACUCGUCGAGUUUUACCUUCGCCGUAAGGUGGAGGGGAAGCGUUUCAACGUUGACCUCAUCACUUUUCUUGAUCUCUACCGCUUUGACCCUUGGGAACUCCCCGCAUUGGCAGCAAUAGGGGAGAAAGAGUGGUACUUUUAUGUGCCGAGAGAUCGCAAGUACAGAAAUGGAGACCGACCGAACCGGGUGACGACAUCCGGUUACUGGAAGGCCACCGGUGCCGACCGUAUGAUUCGGGGAGAGAACUCUAGGUCAAUCGGACUCAAGAAGACGCUCGUUUUCUACUCCGGCAAGGCUCCCAAAGGCAUCCGUACCAGUUGGAUUAUGAAUGAAUACCGCUUGCCACACCAUGAAACCGAUCGCUUGCAGAAGGGAGAGAUAUCACUUUGUCGGGUCUACAAAAGGGCGGGAGUGGAAGACCACCCAUCGCUGCCGCGCACUUUGCCGACGAGGGCGGCGUCUUCGCGGCCAGGGCCGAGUUCCGUCAAGAAAAUGCAAGAAUCUUUUCCGCCGCCGUACCAAGUAGUGGCCGAGGAAAAGACGAUGAUGGUGAUGAGCGCGGAGACUAGCUCGAGCAGCAGCACCGAAGUUGGCACUUCACUCGCCCUCUCCACCGCCGCCCCACCGCCGCUUCAAUCCAUUUUCUUGCCGACGUCCUCCUCGGCCGCCCUGGCCGAUGAUCUCCACCGCCUAGUCAACUCUCAGCACAUGAUUCCGGUCGUCCAACACCCCCAGCAUUACUACUUUCAAAACCUUUCCUCGCCGCCGAUGUUGCAGCCAUUUCCGCCUCACUCCUUGCCUCUCAACGCCCUCCCGCCGGGGACUCUCCACCACGCCGCCGCCGCGUUCACCGACAGACUGUGGGAUUGGAGCUCAAUGGCGGAUGCAAGUAGAGACUUUGGCAUGUAGCUACCUAGCUGCGCCCAUGCACCAACCCUAAUUUCGAUCUUUUCAUGUCACAUAUAAUCCCAAAUUCUAUGUACUGCUAUUUUAUCCCAUAAUCAAUAAAAAUAUAAAGAAGAUUGUAAUUGAAUAAUUUAAAUAUAAAUAAAUGAUGAAAUGAUA